UAGUGAUGAAACGAAUAGUUCAUUUGAACUAUUCAUUUGAAUGAACUGUGAACUAAUGAACUAAGCUUUUCAUCUCUAUUCAAUAAUAAUAUUAUUAAUACUAAUAAUAAUUGGAAUAGUCACUCCUCGUCACCGGCAGGUCGAUCAUAUGCUACAACCAUAAACCUAAUAUAUAAUAUUAUAUAAUAGGUCUAUGGCUACAACAACUACUGAUAAGUGUGAUAAGACAUAAGACGUUCGAAAUAAUCCAAUAAUUUAUGUUUCAAUAUAUGUUCUAAUGAGUCGUUUGUCGCAACGAUGAUAACAAUUAUUGUUGUGUGUGCCGUGUGACGUAUGCGUCGUUAAUAUUGAAUACAACAUAAUUAUUAUUAUGUGGUAGGAAGCCGGCGGACGCUGAAUAAUAUUGUUACUGUUAGAAAUUGUUAUCAUCUAGUGAUGACAAUACCGAUGAAGACGACGGACUGAACCCAGUGGUGCGGUAACAUUUGUUUUUCAUAAAUAUUUUCACUAUGGUGCGCAGGUUACGAUUUUUGCUGAGUGUAUGCUCGAUGUAAAUAACUGGUUGGCGAUCGCUUUUGUAGGAAACGACGAUCAGCAAAUCAACGCUAAAUGGUUAAUAGUUUGAUAAUAGUUUCUUGACGGUAGAUUUUGAGGUGACCCGAUCGGCCGAUACGUACCUACGUUCAAUAUCCGCACUCUUGCUUCUCGUGUGUACAUCCGUAUAUUUUGGAUUAUAUUCACGAGAAAUACCUGCAUCUACAUCAUUAUGGACACAGUCGGUGUUGAAUUUUUAUCUCAAACACAAGAAGGACAACUGUACAAGUAUACAAAUGUUGUUAAAGGCUGGCAACAUAGAUGGUUCAUACUGGACCCAAGAGAAGGAACACUAAGCUACUUUUUGAGUGAAAAUGAUACAAAAUUACAACCACGAGGAUUUAUUUUUUUGGAAUCUGCUGUUGUAUCUCCUAGUGAUGAAGAUUCUAACACAUUUUCAGUGAACUCAUGGAAUGGUGAAUGUUAUAAGUUAAGAGCUGUUGAUGCUCGUGCCAGACAGGAUUGGGUGAAUCGCUUAAGAGCUACUGCAGAAUAUCACUCCCAAAAAAAUGUACAAAAAUAUUCAAAAACUGAUAAUGUCUAUGACUUUUGCCCAAGUGGUGUUAAAAGAUCAUUGGCUAAUGCACGGCAGUAUUUAUCUCAAGCAGAAAACAAUUUCAUUGAUAUGGCUAGAGUCAUAGAAAAGUUACCAUCACAAGGUCCACGUUUAAGGAAUACUGAUCCAGACUUACUGAUAAUUAAAGCAACAUCGCAGUCCAUGAUGUGUGCAUUAGAAAACUGUUAUAAAAUAUUACAACAUUCAAGCAUAGAACAACCAAUAAUUCGAACAUAUUCGUUUUUGAACUCAAAACCAUCUUCCUCAUCUAUGCAUUCAAAGAGAAAAAUGCAUACAACAAAUUCUUAACUAAUCAUUGUUUUUUACACUGAUGUAUUGUUAUAUAUUUACUGAAUUCUUUUGAUAGAUUUUAGCUAUAGUUCUGAAUUAUCGCUAACUUAUUAUUAUUUAAUGUAUAUUUAAGAUACUUAUGAUGUAAUUUUAGUAUAUGUACAGAAUCAAGAAAUUUUUUUCUUCUAAUACAUACGAAUCUGAGUAGAACAAGAAA